AUGAGCACCUACACAGUGGGUCUCAGGGCUCUCCUUCCAACGCUCGGGUUGAUCUACGGCUUCCAGGCAGCAUGUGCAAGCGUCGCCGUCCCGCUCAAGACCGAAAAGUAUUACGAUUUGUGUGGCUCGCUCGGCUUCAUCUCGGCUGCCGCCGCCUCGCUCUACAUGCCAUGGAUUCGAGCACGCUAUCUUGACGGCUUCAAAACCAUCUCGCUCCCCACUUCUCUUUCGGCUUUCCACCCCAGGCAGACUAUCAUGACCGGCCUCACCCUCUUCUGGGCAAUCCGACUUGGCAGCUUUCUCUUUCAACGCAUCCAAAAGUCUGGUGGUGACAGCCGUUUCGAUGAGAUCAAGCAGAGUGCGCCCAAGUUCUUUGGUGCUUGGAUGAUGCAGGCCACUUGGAUCGCCAUCACCGCGCUUCCCGUAUACCUUGUCAACUCGAUCCCAAAGGCUUCCCAACCCCCUCUCGGUCGUCGCGACUACCUCGGUCUCGCCAUCUGGCUCGUAGGUAUGGGCCUUGAAGUGACCGCAGAUCGCCAAAAGUCGCAGUGGAGAGAGCACAAGGAAGCCGGCAUUCAUAACGAGCCGUUCAUCAAAUCAGGCGUCUGGAGUUGGUCCCGCCAUCCAAACUACUUUGGCGAGGUCACUCUAUGGGCCGGCCAGUUCGUACUCUCCACUACUGCAAUCGCAAGCGCAGGCACCUUCUACCCAACCUGGGCUGUUGGCCUAGCAGCUCUUAGCCCUCUGCUCGAGUACGGUCUCAUCCGCUUCAUCUCGGGCGUGCCCAUGCUCGAACAAAGCGCAGACAAAAAGCACAAGGACAAUCCAGAAUGGAAGAGGUACAAGCAACACGUUCCUUGCUUCGUUCCUUUUAUCGGCUCCAAGAACUGA